UCAGUAUUAGCUGUUUUCCAAGAAAUGCACGUCGAAUCUGAUCUGUUUGCGAUGGUUUUUGGUGAAAGUGUGCUAAACGAUGCAGUUGCUAUUGUUCUAUCCAGAUCCUGCGCAGCCUCCGGCACAGCAACCUCCGACUUAGCAGCGUCGGUACCUACUUCGACACCAAUCCCGUCACCAGCCUCAACACCUGCCUCGAUAUCGGCCUUGACACCAACCUCAACACUAGCCUCGACACCAGUUACCACCUGA